AUGCUAGAGAGGGGAGAGGCACUUGACAUUGACGCUCUUCAAAUCACCAAAGAAGCAUCAAUGGGUGAUGUACAAUUGGAAUUAACUGCAAGAGAAGCAACAGAAGGCCAUGCCAUAGAAAGUGUGGCUUGGCUAAUAAGCAGAUUCAACUUAGAGGAUGUCCAGGAUGCACUUAGGGUGGAAUUAUGGCAACUCCCUUUGGAUGCAACAGUUUCCCAGAAGACUGACAUUGAGGCAAAAAAACAAUGUUUUAUGGCCAGAAUCAUUGCCUUUCACCAGAAGACUAAUGCAGUCCUAGCUGGCAUUGAGCUUGAUGAUGACAAAGUUCCCCAGGAGUUAGUGGAUGACCCCAGGCUUGUGGAGAAAGAAGGCAACACAGCAGAGGAAGGAUGGGAAGACUUGGACACUGCUUCAGAGAAUAUCAACAUUGACGAGGAGGAAACACCCAUACAAGCAGAGUAUAAGGGGAUAUGGAUACCCUUUUGCUAG